AUUUUUCUCCACACUCACAAAAUCACUUCAUACUUCAGAGCUUAUAUUCUCUCUAAACCUCAAAAAUGACAAUCCCCACUCCCUCAUCUUCUCCAAUUCUUCUCUCAAAAUGCAUUGUCUUCCCCGAUCAACCUUCCUCCGUCGCCGACUUGAAGCUUUCCGUCUCUGACCUCCCAAUGCUCUCUUGUCACUACAUCCAGAAAGGCUGCCUAUUCACUUCCACUAAUCUCGACCAAAUUUCUCUCCUCGAUCUUCUUAAAUCCGGUCUUUCAAGAGCGCUCUCUCGUUUUCCGCCGCUUGCCGGCCGUUUGGUCACCGACGAUGACGGUUACGUCUAUAUCAAAUGUAAUGAUGCUGGCGUCGAAUUUAUCCACGCCAAUGCCUGCGACUUCUUCGUCCGUAACCUUCUCGUUCCCGGCGAUCUCCCCGAGGGCUUCAAGGAGUUUUUCGCUUUCGAUCGAAUGGUUAGUUUCGCUGGUCAUUUUAGCCCAAUCAUGGCCGUCCAGAUCACCUUCCUCGCUGAUGGCAUUUUCAUCGGAUGCUCCGUCAACCACGCCGUCACUGACGGCACCUCGUUUUGGAACUUCUUCAACACCUUUGCCGAGGAGUGUAAAGCCGCAAAAUCCACAACGACGACUAAAACGAUCACUAUCACUCCUACACCAGACUUCCGCCGUGACUCCGUUCUGGUUUCUCCGGCCGUUCUCCGUCUGCCGCCAAGUGGUCCCAAAGUCACCUUCUCCAACGACGUACCGUUACGGGAGAGAAUAUUCAGUUUUAGUAGAGAAUCAAUUUUGAAACUGAAAGCUAAGGCGAACGAAAAGAAAUUAGUCGAUAACGGAGACUUAACGGUAACGGCAGUGGAGAUCAUGGGGAAGCAGAGUAAUGAUAUGUAUUGUCAGAACAACGGCAAAGUAGGGUCCAUUUUGGACAGCUGGUACAAAAACGACACCGUUACAAAACAACACGCGGAUAGCGAGGCGAUCUCAAUGACAACAAUAUCAUCGUUUCAGUCUCUUUGCGCCUUAUUAUGGAGGUCAGUGACGCGAGCGAGAAAACUCCCUCCGAAUAAGACGACAACGUUUCGUAUGGCGGUGAACUGCAGACACCGGCUAGAGCCGAAGCUGGAUCCGUACUACUUCGGUAACGCCAUUCAGAGCAUUCCGACAUAUGCUUCCGCCGGCGACGUUCUGUCUCGGGAUCUGCGUUGGUGUGCCGAGAAGUUGAACGAGAACGUGAUUGCUCACGACAACGGAAUGGUGCGCCGAUUUGUAGAGGAUUGGGAGGCGAAUCCGGGGAUGUUUCCGUUGGGGAACGCUGAUGGUGCGUCGGUUACGAUGGGGAGUUCGCCGAGAUUUCCGAUGUACGAGAACGAUUUCGGAUGGGGACGGCCGUUGGCGGUGAGGAGUGGGCGAGCGAAUAAGUUCGACGGGAAGAUAUCGGCGUUUCCAAGCAGAGAGGGCAGUGGAAGUAUUGAUUUGGAGGUGGUUUUGGCGCCGGAAACCAUGGCCGGGAUUGAGUCCGAUUCGGAAUUCAUGCAGUACGUGUCGGCGCCGAACUAAAAGGUAAAGUACUGGAAAGUACCUGCAAAUUUCAGCCAUCCAUGGCUACAUGGUAGUGUAGUCUAAUUAGGGUGGGGAAACGGAUGGCGAUGAUGAUAUAUAUAUAUUUAUAAUUAUAUAUACAUGGUGCUGUUGAAAAUGAAAUAGCGAGAUGGAGAGAAAUUAUAAGUUGAUUUUCGUAGAAAUAUUGAAAUCUUAUGAUCUGAUUUAUCAUGAAGAACGUGUUCCUGUUCGAUUAUGAGCAAUCCAUCAUCAUUUUAAUUUUCAGGAAUAAAUUCUAGUCUUGUUUGAUCAAA